AUGACUGAUGCUUUCGACAUUUUGCUGGCUGCAGUGGGUAUAAUAUGUGACGCAAAGGAACGUCGUCGUCUUGCAGAGAAAGCAAAUGAUGACUGUGAGGAAGAAGUAGAAGAAAGCGAGAAAAUUGUAUUCCGGAGACGGAGAGAAACAAGGUCGUCGUCUUUGGUGAAGAAGCCGAGUAAAACAAAGUCGUCGCUUUUCUAUCGUUUGGAGGAGCUGGCAUGUAUAUCAUGUGAAGAAGAUGAACGUCGUCUUCUUGCAGAUAGCGAGGAGAGCCUCUUGGAUCAUCUCCCCCAAAAACCAAGGUCUUCGCUGAAUAUAUUUUUUGGUAAGAGUUACAUACGAAACCAUGAAAAACUUACUAGGGUUUCUACUUGUUUAUCAUCGCUCUUCCUCGAAACGGCUGAGUCGGAGGACACGGAGAACAGAAAGCGCAAGAAGCGUGCCGUGCCACAGAGUCUUGUUAGAUCCAAGAUAGCAAAGGUUGCGUCUUCUCCACGGCAGGAUAGAGAGACGCCAGAGUGGCUUCUCGAUGUGAUGAGAGAGAUGAGGGGAGCCGAAGGACCGAUCAGGCUGAUCUAUAAGAAGCCUCUGACCCCGAGUGACGUCGAGCCAGGAAAGAGCCGUCUCUUAAUACCUUUCCAGCAGUUAAUAAGAAACGACUUCUUGACUCAUGCAGAGUCUCAAGCCAUAUGGAAUGGUCUCGGAACGAUUCUCGUGAAUCAAAGGUCGGAACAGUGGGAUUUACGUAUUAAGAUAUGGGUGAUGAAGAAGAAGAAAGACUCUCUAAAAGGAACCUUGAACUACAUUUUGAACCGGGGUUGGAACGACGUUGUUAAGGGUAACAGAUUGAAAGCCGGAGACAAGCUUCGUCUUUGGACUUUCAGGUGCCGGGGAGUCCUCUGCUUUGCACUUGAUACAGAGUAG